CUCGUUUCUCUCAUAUUUUUCAUUACCAACCCCAUCACUCGCAAGCGAUGAAGAAGGAAGAGAAGAAGAAGAAAAUUACAGAGCGCUUCGUCAUCUCUCCUUCUCUUGCUCUCCUUCUCUAUCUCUUCAUCUUCUCCAUCUCGAAUUCGAUCUCGGUCGUUUCGGCAGGUGAAGAAAUCUCAAUCGCUACUCAUCCUACUACGUUGCUGCUGUCGUCUGGCCGAGCAGUGGAAAAUUCACCAGGUUCUAAGCCUGGUACCUUAAUGGUUUGUGAGAGGAUUCACAUCCGUGGCCAGCCAAGGCUUCAAAAUCUGGGGAAGUAUGCCCAUUCAUUGAAAGUGAAGGUGAACAUAACUCAGACUAGUUCAAGAGCUCAUCCACGAAAUAUUGAGGUCUGUUUUCAUAGGAAUGCAUCUCUUCAGAUUGGCAUGUGCCCUCAAAAUGAAUGGGAGAAACUUGGUAAGGAUUUAUUGGUACGAUACAUGUCACCUUACGACAAUAAGCUUCUAGACAUACGGAUGCCUGGUCGCUCCAUAGAAUUUGUUGAGGUAUCCACUGAAGAAGAAUUCCGGUUGUAUCGUGUUAUCUUUUUGGUAUUGGGGAUAGUUAUGAUGACAUUAGCGCCUGCCCUGAGCAAUUCGGUCAUUUUCUACUAUAGCAGUGCAAUGACUGUUGGCAUCGUCCUUGUGAUACUGAUGGUCCUUUUUCAGGGGAUGAAGCUGCUACCGACAGGUCGAAAGAGUUCACUUGCAAUAUGUAUGUAUUCGUCAAUUGUUGGUGUGGGAUCUUUUCUUCUCAGCUACUUAUCUGGAUUGUUGCGUUCUGUACUUGUACAGAUUGGGAUUAGUGAGGAUAUGUACAGUCCUGUGGCGAUAUUUCUUCUUGUUUCCCUUGUUCUGGCUGGAGCUUGGUUAGGGUUUUGGGGUGUCCGCAAACUUAUCCUGACUGAAGAUGGAUCUGUUGAUAUAAAUGUAGCUCAUUUUGUUUCAUGGUCCAUUUGGAUUUUUGCCGCUGUUAUGAUUCUUCAGAGUUCUCUGGAUGCCCUACUGGCAACAGAAGCAUUGGUUUCUGGAAUAAUUGUCUCAUCAAUAACAAGGAAGAUUGGAAACUCAAGAUUUUUACGUCACUCGUUCAAGUAUUCAUUUAGAACAGCAAAAAGCAUCCUAAAACAUUCUCAUAUCCAAAGGUCAGAUGAUGAUUCUUAUGCAGAAUAUAUGGGAGGGAUCAGAAGGUCAAAAACUGGGUCGCUUAGGUCUCGAACCAGACCGUUUAAAUUGGCUUCCUGCACUUCUCCUGUUCAAGGUUUGACUAAGACACCACCCCACCAGCCAUCAGGUACAGAUACAUACUAUUCAACCUUCCACAACACUCCUGAGAGGAAAAGAUUCUCAAAGGAAGAGUGGGAGACAUUCACUAGAGACUCCACAAGGAAGGCCCUGGAAGGCUUGGUCUCAUCUCCUGACUUCACUCAGUGGGCCGUAGCCAAUGCUGAUAGGAUCACUUUAACUCCCACUGAUGACAGUAAAACUAAGCCACAGCAGCAGCGAUGGCUCCGUUGGUUUCAGGCAAAUUGGCUUUGAGCCUGUGACUUCAAAGGAAUGUGGAUGGAAAUGUCAGAACAGCAUAGAAAGCUAGGGUGAGCAUAGAGCUGGUGCGAGGAUUGUUGUGUUGUAAAAUGUGAUACAGAUUCCAUACAUGAGUUUUGGAAUUUGGCCUUUCUAAUGUACUGAUCAGAUGUUUUGAGAUUCAUUAUAAGAGGAUGAAAAUUUCUGUUUCA